CACCCCACCCUUCCUUCCUCUCUGGGGGCUAAAAGUCUGGCACGAGGAGGCACCAGCAGCCACUGACUGAGCAGCCUUCCCAGGAAGAUGCAGCUGCUCCUACUGCUGGUGGCUUUUCUCUUACCUCCCAGGGCUGGGGCAGGGGAGAUCAUCGGAGGCAACGAGGCCAGGCCCCAUUCCCACCCCUACAUGGCAUAUCUUCUGACUGAAUCACCAAGGGGACUCAGCACCUGCGGGGGGUUCCUGGUGCGAGAAGACUUUGUGAUGACAGCAGCUCGCUGCUUGGGAAGCCGUAUAUGUGUCAUCCUGGGGGCCCACAACAUCACGAGGCAGGAAAGGACCCAGCAAAGCAUAUCUGUGCUCAGAGCCAUCACCCAUCCUGGUUAUAAUGAGCAAAACUACCUGAAUGACAUCAUGUUACUGCAGCUGCAAAAUGGAGCCAGGCUGAAUCGAUUCGUGAGGCCAGUGGCUCUGCCUCAGAGACAGUCCAGGCUGCGUCCUGGGGCUGUGUGCACUGCAGCCGGCUGGGGCCGGGUCACCCUAAACAGGAGAACAGACACACUCCAGGAUGUGCAACUGACAGUGCAGAGAAAUGAGGAGUGCAGCAGUCGCUUUCAAGGCUACAACGGCCAAAGGCAGAUUUGUGUAGGGGACCGAAGGCAAAGGAAGACCACCUUCAGUGGAGACUCCGGAGGCCCUCUGGUGUGUAACAAUGUGGCCCAGGGUGUUGUCUCCUAUGGAAAUAGGGCAGCGACUCCUCCAGAAGUCUUCACCAGAGUUUCAAGUUUCCUUCCCUGGAUAAGAAGAACAAUGAGACGCUUCAAGCAGCGAGAGAUCAAACUAGACCCCCCUCCUGUGACUAACUCUUCUCCGGGAUGGAGGCCAGCUCCAGCGUGAUUGCCGGACCCAUAAUAAAUGUCCAUGUCUAGAGUGUAA